CGAAGAGUCUCCAAGGUUCAUCGUUCAUCGCCCGCACCGCCCGCGGAAUAUCUGCUGAACAUCAAUUUAUUUUUCAAGUCCUUUUUUUUUUCCGUUUAUAUAAAACCACCCCUCCAUCCCAAACCCUCCACGGCCUCUGACCCUCAUAGCGUGUUCUUCUCUUCUUCUUCUUCUUCUUCUUCUUCACAUCCAUCACUCCAGCAAGACAGUUUAAUGCUCCACCGUGCCAUUCCUCGCGCUACUCCUUCUCCAUUGCAUUGCUCUAUCCGCUGGUCGCCACCGCAACCUCAACCACUCUCAUCUCGAUUCCUCCGACUUCAUAAUCUUCCUUCUUCUUCCACACCCUUCCGUCGCUCCUAUGUCACCCCCUCCUCUUCACGGCCACAUCAACACCAACGGCCACACUUCAAGUCCAUCUCCGCCAGCGUUGCGCUUGCCUCUGCUGCCUCGCUGAUGUACUUUUACAACGCCCAGCGAGACAAGAAUGUCGUGCACGCCGAAUCAACCAUGCCUCUCUCGGCAUUCAGCGCGGCCUCGCCAUCCAAUGUUUUGGCUGAACUCAACGACGACGACAACCGAUCCUUCUUGCAGGCCAAGUCGACCGAAGAGCUCGUGCUCGCUACAUUUGUCUACAAACUGUGCACCUUGUCUUGGCUAGUCGAUGCCGCCCCGCAUCUCAUCCAUUUGGCCCACACCUUGGGCAUGGAGAAGGUUGCCUACUGGGUCGUCCGUAGUACCUUUUUCAAAAACUUUUGUGGCGGUGAGACCGCUGAAGAAUGCAUGAGCGUCAUGGACAAGCUCACGCGCUCUGGCAUCAACUCCAUUCUCGACUUGAGUGUUGAGGCUGAUGAAAACGUUACCCAGGAUGCAGCCAGCCUGGAGAAACUCUGCGACUUUAACAUGAAGAUGAUGAAGAUUGCCAUCGAAACUGCCGCUCGAGGCCAGCAACAGUUCACCCAAGGCUCUUUUUUUUCCUCGACCGUUCCUCUUGUAGCUGUCAAGGUCACUGCCUUGACGACGCCUGACCUGCUUUUGAAAUUGAACCAGGCCAUCGCUACCUUGGACAAGGCUUUCCACGAACACCAAGUCGAAGGCAAGGUCAGCGUCGACUCGCUCCGCACGAUUGCCGAUCAAGUUUUCCCUACUUCUGCUAACGACAAGGCCGAGCGCGAUGCCAUCUUCACCAAGCUUGCCAGCGAAAAGGCUUCGGUCGAUUUCAUCGAGUAUACCAAUCUGUUCAACACCAACAGCUCCUUCCGCGAUGUCUGGUACACCCAUGGCAAUCUCCUGAACAAGGACGAUCUGGUUACUUAUGACCGCAUGAUUGCUCGUAUCAACGAGAUCUGCACUCUUGCCAAGGACGUCAAGGCUGGCAUCAUGAUUGAUGCGGAGCAGACCUAUUUCCAAGAAGCCAUCGACCACGUUGCGAUCAACAUGGAGUCCAAGUACAACCGUCGUGACGAAGAGCGGGCACCCACUGUCUACAACACCUAUCAAAUGUAUACCAAGGCCUCGUUGCGCAAGGUUAAGAUUGAUGUUGAACGUGCUCAUCGUGAGAAUUUUGCUUUCGCCGCCAAACUUGUUCGGGGCGCCUACAUGGUCUCGGAGCGCAAGCGUGCCAUUGAAAUGGGUUACCCAUCCCCUAUCCACGACACUUUGGAAGAUACCCACGCUUCAUACAAUGGCGGUGUCCGUUUCUUGCUUUCGAAAUUGCACGAACACCAAGAAGAAACCGGCGAGCCUUUGACUGGAGCCACUGCCCCGAUCGUGUUUAUGGUCGCUUCGCACAACCGUGAAUCGGUUAUUCUGACCAUUGAAGAAAUGGAACGUCAAGGUGUCUUGCCUCGUUCGGGCGUUGUCCACUUUGGCCAAUUGUAUGGCAUGCAAGAUCAAAUCUCGUAUGCUCUCGGCAAGAACGGCUAUUCCAUCUACAAGUACUUGCCUUAUGGCUUGAUCCAGGAUGUCCUUCCUUAUCUUAUUCGUCGUGCUCAAGAGAACUCGUCUGUUCUCGGAAGCGUUACCAAGGAGCGCGAACUGAUCUUCCAAGAGAUCAAGGACCGUUUGGCCGGUAAGGCUGGUAAGCCUGUCAUUCAGUCAGCACCCACAGUCGUGGUUACCCAGGCUACCGCUGGUGGUGCUCCCGCUGCCGAGUCUUCACCAGCUACUGAGGCUCCUGCAGCUGCCGAAACGGCCUAAAGUUCUCCACUUAUUAUUCUCCACAUCCAACUUAUCCUAAUCCGCUCCCAACGUAAUUCCCCCUUCUUACCUCGCUCUCCUCUCCAUACUAUCUAAAACCCUCAUCCUAUUCUCUUCAUCAUCAUGUACAUUUUUGCUCGUUCUUCUGUAUUCCAUGUAUUUUUAUUGCAUAUUACGCACCCUCUUUUUCCUAUCCCACAACACACGCACACCUUCUGCUCCGUUCGUCAAACGAGCACUAUAAUUAUUACAGCACUUUUUAAGAUAGAAAAGUCUUCUCUCAAUUACUUACUUACACACUCACCCUCCACAAUCGCCCCUCAGGGCCGUGGCUAUACAUAAAACCUCAAAGUAAAUAAAUACUUUUAUAAGAACU